AUGUCCAUAACAAAACAGAUGCGACUACUCUAUGAUCAUAAAUGGGGUCUAAAUCCAAACAUCCAAAAGGUUCUUUUCAUUACCGUGGUGGAAAAAAUCGUUACUUACGCAGCUGCUGUUUGGACUCACCCAAUGCAAGGUAGAAAAGUAAAACACCUUUACACCAUACAAAGACCUUUUGCAUUGCGUAUCACCAGAGCUUACCGUACGACCUCCUCAGACGCCCUUAACGUGCUCGCUGGCUUCCUUCCUCUACACAUUCGUGUCGAAGAGGAGGCAGCAAGACAAUUCGUAUUGCAACAGAAACGACGAGUUUCCUUUGAUGAAGUCAAUUACCCUCCGGAGAAUUACGAAACCAACAGCUGCCAGUUCAGUGUCCAUCCAGCUGUCAAAAGCACGGGAGUAAAUAAUACCAUCAAUCCCACUACGACUCACCAUCUCUGUCAAAAACAGCACACCAUCUACACGGAUAGUUCGAAGAUUGACGAAAAAGUGGGAAGAAAUCCAGACCAUCCUUCCAGCAUAAUACAAGGUGUCCAAGAAGACCUGCGGAAAAAUUCAUCUCUCCGUACCAAAUUGGAUUGGAUAAAAGCGCAUGCCGGCUACCACGGUAAUGAAUUGGCAGACCAUCUCGUCAAAGAAGCAGCUACAGAGCCGACCAAUUUACAAAUUGACAUCCCAUGGCCUGUCUCAUCCCUGAAAAGGACUCUGCUUUUAAAGGCAACUGGGCUAUGGCAGAAGACAUGGGACAAUAGCGAAACUGGAAGACGGGCUCAUUACCACAUUAGCAACGUGGAUACCACCAGGAAGAUUGCUAACACCCAACUGGUCAGGUACAUUACGGGUCAUGGACCAUUUCCAGAAUAUUUCAACAGAUUUGGCAUAAGCCAUACCAGUCAGUGCACCUUUUGA